CUUCAGACUCCAGAGCUUCUCAACCCAGUGACAGACGCGUUGUCUGCGUUGUGGGAUUGACGCUUUCUCAGGAAAACAAAUGUCCGCGACGACAGCUGCAGGUCCAGACUCCAGCUUGCUCACUGAGGAGCUCGUCGUCUAUGACGGGUCGCCCCUCGCUGCGUACUUUCAAGAACAAGAUGCUUCGGAAAUCGCGUUACCGGACGAUACACAGCCUUCUACAUAUGAGCCCGGCAACAUAAGCGCACGAGAUUGGGAAGGGGAGCGCAUGGUUGUCUCGUCAAGAGCGCUGGGGGUUCUGGGCACUAUGAUUUUCGGCUUCGCGUGGUGCUUCUAUGCGCGGAGAUGGAAAGCUGUUCGACACUUGGUGUGGCCGAUGACGAUCGGUAUUGUGGGGCUGGGUAUUGGAGGAUUGUGGGAUGCAUGGCAUCGGCAACGGAUCACCUCGUUCCACAACCGCAUACUCGACCACCUCGAAAGCUUCCUAAGUCGCCUAACAAACAUUAAUACCGCAUCACGAAAAGCCAUCCGCUUCAUCCAAGAAGUAGAACUCGUGGCCCGAGGGUACAAUGUAUCUCAGACCCUUCCCCCCAUCACGCGCAUCGAGCAAGCAACGACUGCGAAGCGCCUGUUACAGCUCCGGCAAGCGUUGCAUGUCUCACUAUCUGCUGCUUCUACCGCUUUGCAGGAGUUGCAUUCACAUGUGAAAGGCAACCCUGCUGUUGGAUCCAGCAUCCCCGGCUAUGUAGCGCCAAAUGAUGUCCUCUCGUUGUCGCUAAUCAAAGGGCAAGCCGAAGAGCUGGAGGAGACCGUGGUAGAAGUGUUGGCUGCCCUUCUUCUGGGGUGUCCCACCGAAGAUGGCAUGACUGAGCAAUGGAGCGCGAUCGAUGAUGAGAUGGUGAAAGUAGGACGCGUCAUAGCGGACGAAUACCCGCUUGUCAUACAGACGAUGGAGAGGGAAGAAGGACUGAUCUCAUCCGCCCCACCAACCGCCGACGCAAAAGCUGCCUCCAACCCACCCCCACCCUCAACCACCGCCCCCUUUCUCACCCACGCCACAAUCCUCUCCCAAACCCUCCAUCAAAUGAAACUGAAGCUCCUCGUCUGCAUCCAAGAUCUCCAGCUCACCACCGACCCACCCACACAGCAAACCAUCGACGUAUUUACAUCCCGGCUGUCCACGCUCGACAACGAUUUGGAGCGUCUGCGGAGUGGGUUGGCGGAGACUCGGGAUGCGGUGGCGAUGAUGCUGGAUCCGGUGACGGUGGAUGUAAAAAUUGGUGGGCAGGGCCUGCAGAGCAGUGAACAAAUUGCUGCUGAAGAAGGGGAGGAGUUGGCUGUGCACGAUGCGGUUGAAGUUGUUGGGCUAUGUGAUGGCGAUGCUGGGGUGUGGGAGGCGAGUGGAGGUGUGGGGGAGAGAGAGGGCGGGAAGGCGAAGACCAGCCGAGAAAGUCGACUGAAAGCGCAAAAGACGAAGCGUGCUGUCGACGCAAAGGUGAAAGCGGACCGUGAGGUUCAAGCUACGCUCAUGAGUGAGCUGAAGACGGUGCUUGAAGGCCGGGCGGCGGUGGCGGGUCCUGCUCCUGCUGUAAGCAAGGACGGGACAUGAGCCCCUCAAGUGGAAUAGCCCCGACUGUAAUUACCUACUGCCUCAUCGCGGACCAUAGGGUCGGCGAGAAUACAGAUCAUUGCCGGGG